CAAGACUCAAUCCUUAGAAAGGUGGCUUAGUCGUAGGCGCCUCAGCUGUUCAUGCAGGUUACAGGAGAUGUCAGCGCCUUCCAGGCGCUCCGAGGCUCGCGGCCGCGCAGGGCUGCGUGGCGCUGCAUGGGAAAAGAAGUGGAAGGACCUAGAGGCCGACUUGCAGGAUGCUGUCUUGAAGCUGCCAGAGGGUGUGCCAGCCAUGCAGUCAGCGGAUAUGGCAGAGGAGGCCGAAGAGUUGCCAGCAUUGCAGUCGCUGACAAGGUUUGUGGAUGCAGAGUUCAGCAUGGUUCGCCGUGCGCAGGCGCGGGCCACCCCGCGUGAGCAGACUCGGAGUGUGGAAGCACCACCAUCGGAUGACAACUCGUUUGAGGAUGCCAGUGUAUCCGAGAGCACCGCACACUCCGAGUCAUCAGCUUCCUCCAAAGCAAGUUCUGGCAGCACAAUUUUGCAGGCAGAGAAGCCGAGCCCGCGCGUUGAACAAGUAGAACCGGAGGUCAUCGGCAAGCAGUCUUCAGGCGCUUGUGCUGACCCAGAGGCAGAUUUGCCUGUGCUCAUAGCAGACAAGAUUGCCACGGUGAAAGUGCACAUUAGUUCCACGUGGAGCGAAGGAGACGAUCAGCUAAGCUCUCAAUACAGUACCAUUAGCAUCAAAAGCAAUUCUAGCAUCUCCGUCAAGGAUGCCAUCAGGGUUACUGAUGGUAUUGGAAAGACAGAAGUCACCGACUUGCGACUUGUUCGCCAACUUUGGCGAAUAUUGGUUCUUCUAAGCUUGCUGGAAUUGUUGCUGAUUUCUGGAGGGCUGGUGGCUGACUAUUACUGGUCGCCCUGCCGCGAGAAGCUGAACACCUGCCAGCAUUUGCACGAGAUGGAUUGCUGGGGCUGGUCUUGCCAAGAGUUUGCACCAGUCUGGGCUUCGGCGUGGCCUGCAGCCGGACUUCUGUUUCUGGCUUUGCCUCUGCGACAUUUGGGGACAUGCCGGCCCAAGGCAACACCCGUUACGCUUCUGGCGGUGCUAGCAGUCCUGGGCAUCGGUGCAGUUGUUCUGGUGGAGUCUGCAACUGCAGCCUUUCACUACGCAGCACGGUGUCCUAUGCGGAGAGAGAGUAGCCGUUGCACUGCUGACUUGUGCCCAUCUCCGCCUUGCCGACGAGAGAGCGAUUUCUCUCCUUGCCUUUGCGGCCUGCUCGGAGAGGCGGAGCUUGCAAGAGCUUUGUUCCUGCAUGGAAGUUCAGCCUGCCAACCCUACGAGUGGUAUACGUGGCAGAUGAGGCUGCUUGAAGAGCUUGUUCUGCAAUAUGAGACUUUUGCUUGCGUGGCCGGGCCCUUGACAUGCACAGCAACUGCAAUUGGUGGUGCCUUGCUCCUCAUUCAACUGGCAUGUUGCCCGCUUUUGCUGGUUGGCCAAUGGGGAGGGCACGAUGCCAUUCGAGUGCUUCUCGGACACUUGGACUUGGAUGAUGCGUCUCUAGCACGCAUCCAGGAAAUCAGUUCCAAAGAUUCCAAAGAUCCGCGACUUUUGAGACUGGCAUCAACAAAUUCUGCAAAGGGGCUCCUAUCGCCAUCAGUAUCGGAUGCAGGAGUUGACGUUGAGGUCAUUGGCAAGCAAAGUGAGCUGUCCUUUGAAGGCCCUUCUGUGUCGCAGCGGCAAACCUGGAAUGGCGAUGUCUCACCAGAAUGUUGAUAAAACUUGGAACAAUUGAAUCUGACAAUGCAGCCGUCCAUGCCUCUUGGUAAGA